UAUAGUGGAAACCCGCCUUUACAUCAACACUCGACACAUGCAAUGAGGAUCGGUAUACGCGUCUAGCCGUCCUAAACCGUGAGUCUCUCCAGGUCGACAUCGUCGUUUUCACGUCUCAUUCAUCCCGUUGCGGAUAAACGUCAGCGCGCACUCUCGUCGUCUCUCAUCCAGUGAUUAGUAUAUAUUUCAUAGUCGCGAAGAUGAAGCUGGUCGACAACGUCGUGCGCAGCUUCAAGGUGGCCAAGGUGUUCCGCGAGAACACGGACAAGAUCAACAGCUUUGACUUUUCGCCUGCCGGCGAUUACAUCAUAUCAUGCAGCGAAGACGACCAGAUCGUCAUUUACGACAGUCAGAAGGGUGAGCUGUCCAAAACCAUCAACAGCAAGAAGUAUGGUGUUGAUCUCAUACAUUUCGCGCACACUAAGACUACUGCCAUACACAGUUCGACAAAAGUGGACGACACUAUCAGAUAUUUAUCAUUGCAUGAUAAUAAGUACAUUCGCUAUUUUACGGGACAUGCCAAAAAGGUUGUGUCAUUAUGUGUGUCCCCCAUUGAGGACAUGUUUGUUUCUGGAUCAUUGGACAAAACUCUCAGAUUGUGGGAUUUGAGGUCGCCAAAUUGUCAAGGUUAUAUCAAUGUUUUGGGAAGACCGGUAGCAGCAUUUGAUCCAGAAGGUUUAGUGUUGGCUGCUGGCAUUAAUUCUGAAACUCUCAAACUGUUUGACGUUAGAUCAUUUGACAAAGGGCCAUUCAUAACUGUGAAACUUCCUCAAGAGAAAGAAUGUGACUGGACUGACCUCAAAUUUAGUCAGGAUGGCCGAACCAUACUUAUUCCUACUAAUGGAUCUUUAAUUAGAUUGAUAAAUGCAUUUAAUGGUACUCCGAUUCAGACUUUUACUGGUCACCUGAAUAAUAAAGGCAUUCCUAUUGAAGCAUCAUUCAGUCCAGAUUCUCAAUACAUAUUCAGCGGGUCAACAGAUGGCCGUAUUCAUGUAUGGAAUGCGGUUACUGGCUAUAAAGUUUGUGUUCUCAAUGGUGAUCAUCCAGGUCCAGUACAUUGUGUUAAAUUUAAUCCUAAAUACAUGAUGAUGGCCUCCGCAUGUACAAAUAUGGCGUUUUGGUUACCUACAGUUGAUGAGGUAGCCAAUUUGGCAGAAGCCAAAUAUUAAUUAUUUGUGUGUGCAAUGUGCAUUAGACUUACAUUACCUAUGUACAAUGUACUUAUUUAAAGUUAACAUUUUAAUUAUUGAUUUUCCUAUAAUUUAAGUUAACUUAUUAACUUUUAUUCAAUUAUUUGAAAAGAAUAAAUCUAUUUAUUUUUUAUUUGUAAUCAUUUUUACUUAUUGAGUUAAUACUCAUUGAUGUAAAAGUCAGUUAUCAUUUUGUUUUAUUACUCCUUUGGAAUGUUUUAAUGCAUUUGACAAAUUUUGAUUUUUAUACUUUAUUUAAGGUUAUUUUAUUAAUUAAAUUAUAAAAUGUUUAGAAUCAA